AUGAAUAAUCAAAUUCAUUCAUUUUUCGACAAAAAAGACCAUUAAAGUUUUAAGAUUUGGAAUAAGUUCUGUAAAACCUAAUAUAAAAACGAUAGCAUAGAAUAUGCGGGCCAAUGUUGUAGAGUGAGCAAAACUAAUAAAUAAUUAAAAUCAUUUAGUAUUUAAAUUGGUCAUGAAACUUUAUAUGCCUUCAAAAACAAUCUGCCUUUAGGAAUGCUGCAACUCACAGUUGUAGUAUUAUUAUUUAAAAAAUAUGAUGAUAAAGAAAUUCUUAGACUCAAAAAAAAUGGCUAGUAUGUGGAUAUUUAUCAUGAUAAACACAAACAGUUAAGAGAAAUUCUAAUUUCAAAGUGUAUAUUGACAACUUUCCAUAAUGACUAUAAAGUUAUAAAGAUGAUAGGAAAGGGAACCUUUGCCAGUGUAUAUUUGGCAGUAAGAAAUUUUAACGGAGUCCAGCACGCAGUAAAAGCUUUCAGCAAACAAUACAUCAAUUAGUAAUUUAGGGGAAGAGAGGGACUAGAAAAUGAGAUCAGAGUCAUGCGAAGAUUGAAUGAGAAGAGUAUUCUACAUUUGCAUGAAGUACACGAAACCUAACAUUCAAUUUAUUUUAUAUUAGAUUUAUUAGAGGGAGGAGAAUUAUUUAAUAGAUUCUAAACUACGAUUUAUUCAGCCUAGAGAAUUCAAAAAUUAAUGCACAACAUGUUAAAAGCACUCUUUCAUAUGCAUUCUAAAUAAUGUAUGCAUAGAGACCUUAAACCUGAGAAUUUGUUACUUAAAAGCAAAGAUAAUGAUACUGACAUUGUCAUAGCCGAUUUAGGACUAGCACAUAUUAUGGAUUAAUAACCCCUUUACAAAAGAUGUGGGACACCUGGGUUUGUGGCUCCUGAGAUUUUGAAGUACAAUGAUUAGAGUCCCUUUUACAAUGAGAAGUGCGAUAUUUUUAGUGCUGGAGUGAUAUUUUAUUUCAUGGUUACAGGCUUUCAUCCUUUUAGUGGAUAAAAUUAUAAGGAAAUAUUGAAAUCAAACUAGGAAUGCAAGAUAAAUUUUGAUCAUAAAUCAUUAAAGAAAGGUCCUUAUAAUUUGAGGAAGUUACUCAAGAAAAUGUUAAAAGCCGAUCCUGCUAACAGAUAUACUGCAGACGAAUGCUUAAAACAUUAAUACUUUUAACAAAUAUUUAAUUAGGAGGAUUUAACAGAUAAAGUUGUGUUAGAAUAAGAUACAGAAUUCCAGACUCCCUUGUAAAUAUAGAAAUCUGAAGAUAACUAAGAGGGAUCGAUGUAAUUGAUGACCAGAUAAUCAUAAUGGAAUGGCGAAACCUAAACUGUAGGUUCAUUGUCUAAUUGCUCUAAUAAGAGUUCUGCUAAUAGUCCUAAUAAAUCAGAUAGGUAAUAAAGUAAUCCAUCAAAGUUCAGUUAAUUCUGCACUUACAUGAAAUAGGAAGGCUUACUUUUUAAUAAUCCAAAUUCUCAAAAGAACAAAUAGAAUCAUGAUCUUCACAAAUAGGCAUUAAGAAAUAGUUAUUAUUAAAAGUAAAAAAGUUAAGAUGAUGAAUAUGCCAUAGAAGAUGAAUAAAUAAAUAUCAUUAAACAAUUAUCCUAAUUAAAUGCAUAAAAACCAAAAAUGGGUUUUAUAAAGAAGAGCCAAUCUUUGGAUGUGGAUUGA